AUGACCUCAUUUGAUGUCCAAUGUGUUGUAAGUAUUCGUCAUAUAGAAAUUGUAUCGGUGUGGAGAAACCUUUACAAUACCUCCUUUUCGACAAUCUCUUAUAACACUUUCACCAACGGACUAUCCUUGCAGUAAACGGUAAAACGCGCAUGUGAAAAUAUCGGCAAAACAACUUGGAUUUCUUGAUUUCGUAAUGAAAUACGUUAUUAUCGCCGCUGUCUUGAUUAAUAUUUGCUUGGCGGACGUAUUACAUAUUUUACCAGAAUAUUCGACAACGACAAUACCGUCACCUCCAAGACCGUACAGUUUUCAAUACGAGGCAGGACGAUAUCCGGGACACAUCGAUCGCGUUCAUCAAGAAAUCGGAGAUGGUGUAGGAACUGUUUACGGGACGUAUUCAUACAUCGAUCCAAAGCACAAAGUACGAACGGUGGAAUAUACGGCAGAUAAAAAUGGUUUCCAUCCUGCCUUGUUCAACUUCGAGGACACUCUCGCUCAACCUGUCGACUCGGAGGCCGUAAGAUUGGCUAAGGAGAAACAUUUGCAUCUUUAUCAAAGAAUUGCGGCGGCAAACAUUCAUAAUGUUCCAGUAAAUCUGCCCCGGGAUUCAGUGAGCGUGGCGAGAGCGAAGGACAGGCAUAAUGAAUUGUACCACAGGAUCGCAGAACAACACGCGGCGAUCGCUGCGCAAAGAGAAACAGAACGGCUAGCUUACGAGGCGACUUCCGUUGCCAACGACGUGGACGACCAUCGGACGCGAUAAUGACAGUUUAUACACGUGCCGGCAGCAUGACUGGCAUGCGCAGUAUACAGAGUGUUUCAUAAUGUUCGUACAGACGCUGGUGUACAGGUGGAACGCGGUAAACUGAACAGAAAAAUUCUUUACCGUUUUGCAAUUUUCGCAAUAAUAAAUGAGAUAUUAAUUACCCAAACUUUUCUACAAACAUUAUGAAACACCCUUAUAUACCAAAAAGAAAUUGCGUGUCGCCUGAGAUUAAUGCUUAUAACAAUUUUUCCCGUCACGAUUCCUCUCUUACCAGCUUGAUUGAAGCGAUAAAAAAACUAAUUACUAUAAAGUUUUUGACUGCAAAUAACACUUUCUUUAUUAGCUCACAGCAAAACAGUACACACUCAGUGUCAAUUAUAAUUUUAUUAAUUAUGCAGAUAAUAAACUGUUUUUAAUCACAAGAAUAAUAUAAAGCAAAUGUUGAAUUGUCAAACGGCACAGUUAUCUACCUAUCUGUAGAAGCAGAAAGGAAAAAUAAUGCAUAUUAUAAAUAAAAAUAAAGCUAAUUAGAAAUUCUAAUAAUGAAAAUCUUAAUAUAAUGACAUGGAAUCGAAUAAAAUAAAUUUUUACGAAUAUUUGUUUUGUCCUUUGAUUUGUGAUAAAUCAAGCAAUAAAUGUUUCAUUUUUUUACUAAUUAUUUUCAAUUUUUACGAGUAUCAUCUGUUUCCAUACAUAUGUGUAUUGCUGCGUAAACACUUCCACACAAUAGUUCUUCGAUAGUAAUAAAGAAAACAAACUGCAUGAAUCGCAUAUUGUCAAUUUUACAAUAGAUAUAAAAUUGUUGUGCAACUGUUAUGUAUCGUAUCCUCCGUUAUCUCGCAAAACCCAAAGAAAUAAUCAAGCAAAAUUCUGCUGCGCAUCUAAUAAUAAUUAUUACACAUCGUAUUUUUUCUAUUUUUUUUUUGGCGUUUAAUUUUUUUUUACGUAUGACGUGAUCACACGCGAUCAACGGCGCAAAUAACGUGAAAACUUGUCGUUUUUAACUACCGGAAACAUCAUCGCGCAACCAAUUUUUGAUGGAAGAUAAACACAAUUGUAUCAUGAUAAUAUAAAAACAGCCACGGCACCUAGUCAUAAUAUUAGUUCGAGUAAGUGUCCCGGUGAAAGAUGAAGUUCUACCAACUACUCUACUUCUUUCUGAUGUGCAUUGCGGCGACAAUGUGCUUCAAAGUUCCUAGCAUCCAUAUGGGGAAAUCCAGAAGUCCAUAUGGAGUUUUUGGUAUAGCAUCUUGCAGAGGCAGAACUACACCAAUGCCUAAUUCCUAAAUAAACAGAAACAUUUGCAUAAAUUGAUGGAAAACAGCAAAGUACAAUAAUAAAUGGCAAUGGACUGCAGUGUGGAUGAAUCUAGAAAUCAUAGUUGACUUAAAAAAAAUCCAAAAUUGCACCAUAUUCACUAUAAUUAAAUGAAAAUGUAUUGUUUGUCUUCUGUUGCCCAAGUUGCAUCGAGAUUCAAACAAAUAUUAGAUAUACAUAUAUAUAUAUAUAUAUAUAUGAAUAAAUUUAUGCAAAAUAAAUAAGUCCAUACUUUUCUGAAGAUACAAAGUAUAGAAAUAGAUUCCUUCAAGGUAAUUCUAAAGUUAUAAAAAUGCAUAGAAAUUAAACUGACAAUAAAAAGAAACAAUGCAUAAUUAAAAGUUAAAAGUUAUAUCAGGCAAAAAAAGAUUAAGGAGAUCAAAUUCCAUCUUUGUAAUCUUCCAGGAAUUUCUGACUAUGACAAAAUGUUUUAAUUAGCACCAUAUAUUUCGACUUAAUAAAUAACAAAACUGGCA